AUGAUCGAAAACGUUCACUUUUGUCUGGUGAUACGCGUCCAUUGCCGCAAGGUAGACCCUCUCGCCCUUUCGGUCGUCUCGUUUAGUCUAAAUCCGUCGAAUUACAGAAUGAGAUUGUUGGACGUGGAGUUCGUAAACAAAGAACAACCAUUCGAGCAUUUGUUACGGAUACUUUCAAGUACCGACAUUUAUCAGUCGCAAGGCACUACUUGUCAUAAAGUUGCGCGACAACGCCUAGGAAGUGGCGCUGCUGUGGGGCAAUCGCGGACCGUCGAAGAUCCUAUAUAA